AUCUUUGUAUUGUAUUGUUUAUUUUUUUAGUUAACAUAUUUGAGGAUCGAAAAUAGUAUGAUUAUCUAACUUAUAACUUGUAUCUCAUCUUGUUUCAUCAAUUAUGUUUCUUAUUAUUUAUUGUUAUAGCAUAUACAGAUCCAUCUUUAUUGAAUGCCUCAUUACCUCUUGGAAAUAUGUCACCCCUAAGUGAAACGUUAUCUCCUGUAACAACGGUUUCUUUUAAUAAUACACUUACAGAUGCUAUUUUAUCUCCUAAGACCGACGUGACACUUCAGUCACAUAAAUCUUCCUUGCCAACUUUAAUAAAAAAUGUUGAUCCCUACGUUGCUGCUGUUCUCAAAACUUUAGCAGAGAGGCAAGAAGAACAAAAUGGAAAAAUAGACAAUGUUAUUUUGAUGCUUAACAGAAUAUAUCGUAAAUUAGCUCCAGAAGAGGAAAAUGUCGUUCAGCCAAAAAAUCUUCCCACGCUGCCCUUAAAUAAUGAAGACGCAUUUUUAGAAAUUCAAACUUUCUUGAUGUCUGAUGAUAAUUUUUAUCCUGUAGUAAGUAUACUUGCAUCACUCAUAACAAAUAUAAGAUAGAUAUUUCUAGGCAUUACAUUAUUUAAAUUUCUCUACACUUGUUCUUGGUUAUGGAUGCGAUCCACUUUAUUGACGCUACACGUUUUGAAGCAUUCUUUGAUUGGCUAAUUCGUAAAAUUCUUUGUUCUUAUUGGUCAAUCAAAUGUUUCAAAUUAUUCGUAGCGUCAAGUGGGUCGCCUUUUUAAUGAAGCGAAAUUUUAUCACAUAUGUAUAUAUAUUAUAUGUAUAUAUACACU